AUUGCUAGACAGCUGGCUCCAGAUUAUGGAAGCUAUCUAAAAUCAGAUAAAUGCCCGGUUCAAAUAUUAGUCUCUUCUGCCGCAGGCUUAUCCUCCGAUUUGCUGCUGCUUGGCUUGAUCUUUUUGGGUGCGUCUGGGAAGUUUCCUGGUAAAAUGGCGUCUGGGGCAUCUCUCAAAUCACUCAGAUUGGAGACCUUUUCCAAAGCGUACUUGUAGAGUCCCCAAAAUUCCACCUGUCUUUGUCGUACUUGCACUCGUUUUUCUUGAAUCUCUUGGAUUUCUUGGGUCAAUUGUUGAUGAAGUUGAGGGUAAAAUGAAUCUUGAUGCGAUGGUGUAGGUGUACUUUCCUCCGUUGCUGGUCGCACGGUGGUACUGUGGUGCUUCGAAGUGGGUGCGCAUCUCAACACUACCUUGACCAAAUCCACCACUCGAGCAGGCUUCUUCCCGCCGUGCUUUCGUGGAUGGGCCUUCUUUCGUGAUAGUGACACCAGGUGAUUGUGCAAGGCUUGUGAGGUUGUCAUUGUCUUGGCUUUGGCACGAAGGAGAGGAGAUAUCUGCGGAGGGUGUCAACGCUGACUUUUUUGGGGCCGAAUAUACGACGCUGAUUUUGAAGGCUUUUCAAGCAUUCGGCUCUGCUGCGUUAUGUGUUUUUGAUGUUUGAUGGACACGCUCCUUCAUUUUUUGAGGGGUAUCUUUUUCGUGAAGGACCAAGUUGCUGUGUCAAUCGUAAUUUACGUAUAGGAACACCACAACGACUCUCAACAUGUCUCAAGUUCCUCUCAACCCCACCCGAAAUGGCAACACGGAGUAUGCUUCCUAUCAAGCUAUUCCAUCGGCGACACUGGACGAUGGAACGAAUGAGGAUCUUCCGAUUGCCGUAGUGGCUGCGGCACUCGGCCAAGAGAACAAACCCGUCCAGGCCACGGCAAUUCCAGGAUCCAUUCGUCCACCACCUCCUCUUCAAAGAACCAUUGUGGUGGUACGGCAGAAUUCACAGGAAGCUUUCUGGGCUCGUUAUCUUCGUUGGAGAUGCAUGAUUUGGCUGGCACUCGUCUCGGUCGCACUUUUGGGUGGAUCCACCACCAGUUCCACGUCUCGAACCAGCAGCACGGACCGGUACAAUUCAUGGCCCGUCUUGGAGGGGAUACCCGUUCCAGAAAAUAACAAGUUGGUUGCCGAAACCUUUCGACAACACGCCGCAGGUGGCCAUCGCCGUACCAUUACUCUCCCGGAAUGCAUUCACAUGUGUGAUGUACACAGCCCCGACACCAAAUACGGGAUCCACUAUCAGGGCGGCGCCUACCAUGAUGAUCUAUGUCUCUGUUUUGCCGAUCCGACCUUUGAUUGUCUCUGGGAUGAAGUGGCAAUCCUUGCUCGGAAGGAAAACGCUCACACAAACUCCACCAAUGAAAGCGACGCAAGUAUUACUCUAGAAAGCAGCACUUUUUAUAAAAGGUUGGAACAUGGCACUGUGUUUUCCAAAUAUGCCAAACCUCCUUCCUGUGCUGUGAAUCACAUUUGCAAUUCUGCCAGGGAGUUGUGUUGGAACAUUGUCGGUCCCGACAGCAUCUUUAGCGAGGUCUGACGAAGGUGAUUGGCGGGUUGGCCUCUGGCAAAACCCACAUUACGGUGUGCUAACCAUAUGCUGGUCGGGCACAGUGGGAAACAACGAGAACUGAAGCCGGUUACUUUCAUGGCAUCAUGGAUCCAUCCAACUUUCUUAUUGCAAAAACAAGUGCCACCAUUGCACAAAGAUGAAGUCAAAACUUUGAUCAUAGCAGAGCAACCAGCGAAAGCGCUACAAUGAUCUGGCCAAGCAACCAAAAUAGAGAAAUAAUACUACAUGUAGUGAUCAAAGUCACUUUCAUCCGAUUCAUUCAACCUACUUUGGGCA